AUGAAUGAAUAAAAAUUACGAGAAAUGAUGAAGAUCUAUACUGUUUCAAAAUAGGUAAACAGAAAGGCUGAAAAGAAUUUUAUCAAAUUUUCUAGUUAAUAUUAUAAAUUGCAUAAGAAUGACAUGACUCCUGAUUUAUUGAGUGAAGUCAACUCUCUAAGAACAUAAAUAAAAUCCAAUAGAGUAGCAUUUUCUAAUUAAAACUCUCCUUAAGUAAGUCCUCGUCUUACAGCUAAUCCUUUAUUUAAUUGUAGAUUAUAUAUUUAAAUUAUAAUAGUCAAGGAAGAAAGACAGAAAAUUAAUUCCAUCUAUUCAGAAGAUAGACAUUAAGAAAUCUAUAAUCUUUACAUAGAAGAAAUAAACGAACUCAAAUCAUGUUACAAUAUAAUUUAUUUUUUUAGAACUCAAUUAGGCCAAUUCUAUGAUAAAAUAAUAGCAAAAUGAUUACGAUAAAAAGAUACUAGGUAACGUUUAUGAUUAAAUAAAGAAUUAAAUCUCAAACUAGAAUCUGAAAAGGCGAAAGUUAAGGAUCUUACUUUACAAGUAUCUCAAUGAAUAAAUUAGAUCCAAGAUUUGAAGUCUAAUUCAUUAUAAAAAUAAACUAUACCAGUUGUCAAUAAUAGUUUUGAUUAAAGAAGAUCCACCUUAAAUUUAGAAAAAGAACAAAGUCGAGAAUUAUUUAAGUCAGAAAUUUGUAGAGCUCUAGAGAAAUACAAUAACAAAUAAGAUUUGAGUAAAGAAAAUAAAUGA